UGGUGGCUGCGGGCAGCGUCCCCCUUCCUUCCUCCACGGCCCGGGAAGAGCGCAAGGGAGCAGCGCUCUUUUGGUUCUUCGGGGACGGGACGGAGAAGUUCAGCAGAGUUGGGCUUCUUUGCGGAUCCGGACGCGACGCGGACCGGGAGAGGCGCCUAAGCGGCUUGUCCUUCGCGAAGUGCGGAUGGACUGGGAUGCCGCUGAACCGGCCGGUGCCGGUCCUUUUGCUCUUCGGAGUGGCGCUGGGCUCCUUCGGGCCUGGGGCUCUUUGCGGCCCUCCCUCACACUCCCUGUCCUACUUCUACCUGAAACUCUCAGAGCCCAGUCAGGGGCUGCACCAGUUCUUCAUUAAGGUCCACCUGGAUGACCAUCCCAUCAUCCGCUUUGACAGCCUUACAUGGAAGAUGGAGCCUCUGGUGCCCUGGAUGGAGGAGGCAGGGAAGGAGAAGUUUCUGAUCCCUGAGUGGAUGUUCAGGGCUGACCUGGAGACGUUAUCAAAACUGGAUCAGGAGGCUGGAGGGCUUCGUACCUGGCAGGUGAAUUUGGGCUGUGAGCUCAGGGAAGACGGGAGCAAAGGAGGGUUUUUGUGCUAUGGCUACGAUGGGAUGGACUUCAUCAGCUUCGACAAGGAGACUCUCAGAUGGAUGACAGCUCAGCCCCUGGCCCAGAAGGUCAAGGAGGAGUGGGAGGAGGAUCCAAGAUGGUCCCAGGAAAGUAAAGUCUUUCUGGAGGAGAUCUGCAUUGCCUGGCUGCAGAGAUACCUGUCCUACAAGAAGACGACUCUGGAGAAGAUAGAGCCCCCAGUGGGGAAGGUGACCCAUAAAGUGGAGGAUGAGAGGCUGGAGGUCCUCACCUGCCAGGCCUUUGGCUUCUACCCCAAGGAGAUCCAGGCCACCUGGACCAGGGAUGGAGAGGCCUGCAAGUACGAGACCCUCCUUAAGAACGUGGCCCCCAACUCAGACGGGACCUAUUAUGUCCAGCUCAGCAUUGAGAUCGACCCCAAGGAGAGGGACCAUUUUCGGUGUCACCUGGAGCACGAGGGCUUGCAGGAGCCCCUGGACUUGGCUUUCAAGGAGGAAAGAGGUGCAAUGCGGCGGAUUCCCGUGGUGGGAAUUGUUCCAGGCAUAAUUGUUAUAGGCGUAAUCCUGGGAGUUUGGAUUCUCUUCCUGAACUCAUGA